GGGGGAGUCCAGGUCUAUCCCGAUUGGGCAGCCUUCGCCACCGCCCUCGAGGAAGCGUUUCCCGAGCACGGAACGCGAAUCAAGGCACACCAAAUCCUGAUGAGACUGCCCGAACGACAAAAGAACAAGAAGACGGCGCUCUCCCUUGGAAACUACGUCACCCGCUUCGAGCAGCUAGCGUCGAAAGCCCAGCUCAAGGACGCUGAAGUCAAUGGCGUCAACCUGUCGCGACUUGAGAACGACUACCACACUCUCCACGCCAACUUCGUCAAAGGACUUCCAAAGGAGCUCUACGUCUCUCUCGCAACCAGGGCCGCUAGGGACCGACCCAGCACCAUGAAAGCCUGGUACGACGAAGUCCGAAACGCCGACGCCGCUGAACAAGGGGCCCUCACCGUCACAGACACCAGGGACUACGGCGAGCCAAUGGAUAUCGACGCCGCUGCAGUCGCGGCAACCUUUGCCUCCACAUCGGGAGGAAGGAAGUGGGAACUAGGAGCAGUUCUCAAUGAGGCUGACCGGAAGCUCCACAGGGAUGGGAACCUGUGCUUCUACUGCCACAUCAAGGGCCACAGCGCCAAGGAUUGCCGCAAGAAAGCGGCCGCACGACAAGGGGGUGGGAAGCCGAACCAGGGAGGAUCUGGGAAGGACGACUUCCGCGCCAGAAUCAAGGCACUCUCCGCUGACGAGAAGCGGGAGCUGUAUGAAGAACUUACGAUGGAGGAUUUUUGA